CCUCUCUUCCUCUGGCUCUCUACUCUCUUCUGUCUCUCUUUCUCUCAUUAUUUAAAAAGGGUUAGGUGUGAAUAACAUAUUUGUCUGUGACUGAACUGGGUUGGUUUUUAAUUUGCUGUGCUCCCAGUCUCAUUUGACAUUUCGGGGAGAUAUUGUAUCUUUUUUUUUUCGUCCUCACCUGUACUUCUAUUUUUUUUGCACCUUUUUUUCUGCUUUCAGAGGCUACUUGGCUCCUGCUCCACCCCCUCUACCUCCAUUUUUGGACACCACUUUGCAGGAAGAUUAAACCACACAAGCAAUCAAAGCCUUUGGAAGAAUGAGUAGCUACAAUAUUUCUCUGAGUGGGCCGGCCCCAUGGGGCUUCCGAUUGCAGGGAGGCAAGGACUUCAACAUGCCCCUGACCAUCUCCAGGAUCACCCCAGGGAGUAAGGCACAGCAGGGCAACCUGAUCCAGGGUGACAUCAUCGUGGCCAUCGACGGGGUCAGCACUGAAGGCAUGACCCACCUAGAGGCCCAGAACAAGAUCAAGUCUGCCAGCUUCAACCUGGCCCUCACCAUGCAGAAGUCAAAGCGCCCAUUUCCACUUUCCACAUCCACCCAAAGAAUGGAUUCUCCCAUGCAACAGAUCCCUCACCAGAAGGUUAUUUCCAACACUCCUGCCAACAACGAGUAUGUGCCCAGCUUCAACCCCAUUGCGCUGAAGGACACUGCCCUGUCCACCCACAAGCCCAUCGAGGUGAAGGGUCCCGGGGGCAAGGCCACCAUAAUCCAUGCCCAGUACAACACCCCCAUUAGCAUGUACUCCCAGGACGCCAUCAUGGACGCCAUCGCCGGACAGUCCAAGGGCCACGAGGCCGGAGAGGAAGUCCCAGCCGGCUCCCCCUUGGCUUCGCUCCCAGUAAAAGAUGCUCAGGUAGACAGUGCCUCCCCAGUUUAUCAGGCUGUGAUCAAGACUGCAGACAGGGACACGGAGUUGAAUGACUGGGCCCGCAGCUCCUCCCAGGUGCAGUCCAAGUCCUUCCGCCUUCUCGCCCACAUCACGGGAACGGAGUUCAUGCAAGACCCAGAUGUGGAACAUCUGAGGAAAUCAAGGGAAAAGUUUGACACGGAAUUUAAAGGUCCACGUUUUGCCAAAUUGAAAAAUUGGCACAAUGGCCUGUCUGCUCAAAUCCUUAACCUGCCAGAAAAAGCCGUGUCUUGCCUGUAUCACCUGUCAGUCAGUGUCUUCCUCAUCUACGACAGCUCUCCAACCUCCUUAUGCAGUAGCCCUGUUGAGCAUGCUCCAGUUUCCACCAGCCCCACACAUGUCGCUCUCCCUGCUAGCGCUGCUUCGCCCAAUCAGGCAGCUUCGCCUACUGCUGCUUACCAGUCUCCAGAGCCUGCCCCCGUAGACCCUGAACCCACCCCUGAGAGCCUAUAUGGCCAGGCUCCCCCCAUGCAAAAAGCCCCUCCCAUGUACCAGGGGCAAUCCAUGUACCAGGGGCUUUGUAUGCAGAAGGGACCUCCCAUGCAGCAGGGACCUUCCAUGUACCAGGGGCCUGCUAUGCAGCAGGGACCUCCCAUGUACCAAGGGCCUCCAAUGCACCAGGGACCACCCAUGUACCAGGGCCCCCCUAUGCACCAGGCCCCGCCUAUGCAGCGACAUCCCAUGCAGCAGCCUCCUCCCAUGCAGCAAAGCUCCAUCCAUAUCCCUGUUGGCCCUCCUCCACCCAAGGUGGUCAGCACAGCCUGCAUUGUGCCAGCUCCAGCCCCUGUUCCAACCCCAGCCACAGCCCCGGCCGCCCCUGAACCCCCCUCAAGCAGGCCACCCUGGAUCACAGACAACUCUUUUGCCAACAAGUUUGACCCCAGCAAGAGCACCAGCACCAGCAUGAAAGUGCCCGCUCUACCUCAGAGUGCCCCACCAGCACCGGCCUACAUCCCAAACCCUGGCUCCGCCCAUGCCCCUCCCUCUGCCCCAAGCCCUGCCUAUAAUCCCAGCCCCACCCCCUACAACCCCGCCCCUGCCCCCUUCCCUCCCAUUGCCCGGGGCGUAGCCCAAAGGGCGGAGCGCUUUGCUGCCAACAGCAGCAGAGCACCCCUCUGUGGCGCUUGCAACAACAUGAUCCGGGGACCCUUCCUGGUGGCCUUGGGUCGCUCCUGGCACCCAGAAGAGUUCAACUGUCACUACUGCCACACAUCGUUGGCAGACUGCAGCUUUGUGGAGGAGCAGAACGCAGUGUACUGUGAGAACUGCUACGGAGAGUUCUUUGCCCCCACCUGUGCACGCUGCAACACCAAGAUCAUGGGGGAGGUGAUGCAUGCUCUGCGGCAGACAUGGCACACCACCUGCUUUGUGUGUGCUGCCUGUGGCAAUGCCUUUGGAAACAGCCUAUUCCACAUGGAGGAUGGGGAGCCUUACUGCGAGAAAGAUUACAUUUCACUUUUCAGCACCAAAUGCCAUGGCUGUGACUUCCCAGUAGAAGCGGGAGACAAGUUCAUUGAAGCACUGGGUCAUACCUGGCACGAUACCUGCUUUGUCUGUGCAGUGUGCCAUGUGAACCUGGAGGGCCAGCCCUUCUACUCCAAGAAAGACAAGCCCCUGUGCAAGAAGCAUGCUCACGCCAUCAACGUGUAAAUGCUCCAUCUGCAGCCUUAUUGGGUGGUGGGCAGGUACUUACGUAGCUAUGCCCAAGCCUUGGCAAUGAGCCCUGUAGAGGGGGCAUUGAUCCCAGUGUUAAUGAUGAAAAAUACAAGCUGAAGAUGAUAGCGGCAAGAUUGACCGUCAGUCGUGACAAAAUAUUAGUUAGGUUUGUGUUUAUUAAUUUCACUGACAAAUGAAUUCUAACGUAUAUUUUAUAUCAGAGAAUUCUGAUGUAAACCCUUUGCUAUUCCACUGAGUUCCUAGAGGGCCUCAGGGAGGUUGGAGCUACAGCCUACAGACACAUGCAGACUGAGUGGAGUAGCAGGGUUCUUCAGUAAAUAAGAUGCCUUAUUUCACAGCAACACGGUGUGCUUUGUUUUGAAUGUAAAACCCCAAAUAGCGAAACACAAAUAGCUUGCAGUGAAUGUAGUAAGACCGUUUUAGGAUUGUAUACACUAGAUUUAACAUGAUAAUGCCUCACACUGUGAACUGUUACAGUAUAUCAUGACACAUGUAAGCCUACUAAUACUGUUGGAUUUCAGAGCUAUUAUUAUACAUUAUAGUUUAGUAGGUGAUAUUUAUUGCAACUUUGACCGUUAUAGUAUUUAUUUACAUAGAAUAAAAUGAAAGCAUAACAUCCAUGGAUGUUUAUAUUGCUGAUAAAGCAAAAAAAGUUAUAUUGCAUUUUGUUGACAGCUGCAUGAUACAGAGGUUCAUAGUAUUAUAUGAAGUACAUCACUCAAACUUUUUCAUCCUGGAUUCAUUUGAGAUCCAGUCAAAAAACAAUACAAAGAUAGCAAUAUGUUACAUUAUGAUACAGUAGUAACAUACAUCCUUAGGGAUACAGGUAGAAGAUGAGGAAACCUCUAUUUAUGGGGUAGGGAAGUUAGGGGUUUUGGAAUGUGUCUCAUAAACGUGGAAAUCGAGGAAGUACCCUGGAUCUUUUUACAGCAUGUAAGAGAGACGAGCACUGGCCUGGGGUCUUACAAAUACAUUUUACGCAGCAAAAGUCUAUGCAUCCUCUGUAUGAAGCGCUACAAUUAAACAAGAAUUUAUAGAAAAUAUCUGUCAAGGCCAAAAACAGCCAUUCACAAUCAUUUCGCUCUCACUAGCACACACCUUAAAGGUCAGUUGUGACCUUGUGCUUGUGUACAGAUGCUUUACUUUGAGUUUAUUUUGUACAUCUGUGUAUUUUCUGUGUUUGUGUAUGUAUGCAUGCAAGAGUCUGUACAUGAUUGUCAGUGCAUGUCUACUGAGGCAACAUCCGUAUUAGUUACUGUAUGUAUUUGUGCCACUGGAAUAGCAAGGUUUAUUGUGAUUUGACAUAACUCUGAGAACACUAGACUAAGUACUUUUGAUAUGCGUAUGUAUGUAGAUCAACGUGUAAGGAAAGCAUAGUCAGUGCCAGUUCAGAAUAAACCUUACAUGGUACCAUUGAGGGAAAUGAAGGAAGACUUGAAUUGUUGCUAAAUAGUUGUUUAAGCAACUCGUUUUUUUAAAGUUCAGCAUAUUGAAACUAGUUAUAUAGUUUCCAACCACUAGAGUGCAACAGAGUGUUGAAACCAUGCUGGCUACUUGGUAUGCCUCACAUGCUAGUCACUAUUUAUACAUCAUACACUCACUGUAUGUUCCCUUGGCCCCACCCCAGCAAACACUGCAAAGCUAUUUGUCACCCCUGUACACUGAUCUUACGCAACAGCUCAAUGUCAAUAUUUUUUACAGACCCCAUGUGUCAGCCAUAUACUGUAUUGACACUUCCUCCAUAAUCAGAUACAUAAUCUAUAUUGUGAAUUUUGCCAAGAGGAAGAGGACAUAAUGCUUAAUCAAGAUGGGUAGAACUGAAAGUUGAUGAUAAAAUGGCUGUGCAUCCCAGUAAGGCCAUUUUUAGGCAAUGCGAUUUUGUGUUACCUGGUAUCCGAAAGACCUUGUCAUCAGCCCAAACUGUCAAUAUACAGUACCAGUGAAAAGUUUGGACACACCUACUCAUUCAAGGGUUUUUCUUUAUUUUUACUAUUU